AGCACUCAUCCCAAAAUGGCGAUCUCCGGCACCAGCAGUGAGUACGAUCUCAGUCUCACAUCUCCAAGCGCUGGCGAAGUUCCAAAGCGACUCGCAACAAGCACUCCCAGGAAGAAACAAGGCUCGGUCGAUCCUGGUGAACGCACCGUCUCCUCUGCUCUCCGAAGGCUUGCACCGAAGCCUUUUGCAAACGUGAGCGGUAGCUGUCAAAACCCAAUCAUCGUUGAGGAGACUGCAUCACCGCCACGGCAAGCAGUACGAGCUCAGAAGCGCAAACCCAGACACAAGAAGCUGACAGAAUCCCAUCAAUCAAUCGGCGAUGGGUAUAGAGACCUAUAUAGCUAUCACCCUUCUAGAACAGCAUUGACAGCCAUACCUCCGAGCGGCAGCACGUUCACUGGACAUCAGAGCCAUGACAUAUACCGCAUGAUGAACGCAAAGAUAACUGCGGCCCCAAAUGUCAGCCCGAACGCCGCGUGGGGCCGCCAUACUCUGAACGUACCUUUUGAAGUGCAAUACCCGCUCUCCUCGCAGGUUUUUAUGCAGCAGCAGAACGCGUCAGAAUAUUGGUCCCCGUACUCCCAGAACCAUCAGGCUCAAAUUCCUCCUAAUACUCAUGGGUACCCAACGGUUCCAUCUCAGAACGAAGACCUGCUCCGUAGGAGGGCCAUUCAUUAUAUCCAAGAGUACUCGCGACAUUCACCGCUGAAGAGAUGGCUGUCUGACGCCGACCCUGACAAGACUAGCGGCGAUGAAGCCGAAGGACACGAGGAGCAUAUUAGACCGCAACCAAACUCCUCAACUGCUCAGUCGCAUUCCAUGCCACGAUCCACGAUACGUAAUAUUCGCUAUUCUAUCAAUCACAAGCCAACGACCCAUCAAGAUCCAGAUCCCAACCUCUUGGUCAAACAUCUCAUUGAGCAUACUUCACUCAUCACGUCGUUGCUACAGCUGUAUUCUCACCCCACCGAUCCUAAGGGCUUAAAGAACGACAUAUCGAUGAUGUUUCAAAUACAGAAUCAGUGUGUGACUGACUGGAUGAAGGCUGAAUCACUUGACUCGCACAAGCGACGCAAGAUUGACGGUGACAGCACCGUCAGCCUGGAUGAUUGCCUACGGCCGAUCAUGACUUCUGCGACCAGAGCCCAGAACGAGAAAGACGACAUGUUACGCCAGGUUCUUUCUGCUAAUGCUGAUAUGUGGCAAGAUGGUACAGGGCAUGGCGUUGCGGACGUAUUUGCGGUUGUACCUGCGUCGCCGCCACUC